UAAGCCACUAUGCAGUGUGUGGUACUAAUAUAGUUAAUGUCUUAAUGAUAACUGAAAGCGGUACAAUCAUAAUUAUUUUUUUGUUUUUUUAGGAAUAAAUGUAAUACUAAAUAUCUUUGAAAUGCGUGGUUGGACAACAAUUAUUACCCUAGUGGUAAUAUUCGCAUUUGCUAUAGAAUUUCGACCCUUGGAUUAUUUUAUGACUAGCUAUCUCGUCCGCAGUCAAGGAGUAGACGUUACAGAUAUAAAGGCGACAAAUGAGUUGAUGCGGUUUGAAGACUAUUUCAACAUAUUGGCUGUUUCGGUAAUUAUGAUGAUAACAGAUAAUUUACUUUACAAACCAGUUAUGUUAUUCAAUGUCUUCUGUGGAAUUAUUGCCUAUUCAAAUCUUGUUAUACUACCUAAUUGCAUCCAGUUAAAAUUAGUCGAACUAUGUAUGGCGUUCUUCAAAUCGUACGAAGUAGUCUACUUCAGUUAUUUAUUCGCUAGGGUACAGGACAAAAGAUAUUAUCAGGCAACAUCGGGAUUAGCUAGGACUGCAAUGUUGAUGGGCAAAUGUGGUUCGUUAGUAUUUGCUCAGGUAUUAGUGAUUAUUUACGGAAAGGAUUAUGUUAAAGAAUUACCGUGUUACACAUUGGGAAGUGUGGUUUUCGCAUUUGUCUGGGCGUCAUUUUUGUCAUCGGUAAAACGGAACAGUUAUAAUAAUGAUGAUGUUACAAUGCCUAUAGCAGAAUUUAUUUCGGAUAAUAACAACGAACAACAUAAUUUAAAAAAAAAAUCUCUUCAAUCUAAAUCUUCUGCAACCGAAUCUAUAUCAAAAAAAUUGUGGAGAGACUUUAACGAAUCUUAUAAAAACUUAAUCGUUUUGAAAUGGUCCAUUUGGUACUGUUUGGCUUUAGUUGGCUAUAUGACGAUAAAAAUUUCAAAUGUAACUCACAAAUUAGGUGAAAAUGAGCGGGCUAAUGGUAUAGUCGAGUCCUUGGCCGUAUUUGUUGGAGCCAUCAGUUCAUACAAGAUCGGCGUAAAACGUGUGAAUUGGGAAUUAAAUGGUAAUGCGUUCAUAGGAUCUGGAUCUUCGAUUCUAGGCAUAUGCGUACUAUCUUGUUAUUUUCAUCAAAAUAUGUUAUCAAUCCAACUGUCGUACAUAUUAUUUGGAGCACUGAUCCAAGCAAUGUUUGUAACAUCAUUGUCUGAAAUAGCAAAACAACUGAAAAAUAAGAGUUAUGCACUUGUAUUGGGUUUCAAUUCAUUCAUCUCUCUGAUACUAUUACUGUGUUAUAAAGAAAUGUUUAUCCGAGGCAAUUUAUUUAAAAUUGAUGUACCUGAACAAGUUUUAUUCUACGGUGGCUUAUAUAUUUUUCUUGGGACAAUUUAUUUGAUACCAUGUGUGAUAUCAUUCAAUAAAAGACUGAAUAACAGUUGUCCGGUCUACGAUAUAAAUGAAUAGCCAACAAUAUUACUCAUCACAAAUCAUUUGUACCAUAUACAUUAUCUUAAUAAUUAUGAAUUGGUUUAUAUUUAUAUUUGAACAUUGAUCCAUUUAUUUAGAUCUCAGAUAAUAGUCAUUAAUCAGUUACCAAUCCCAAGAAUUAUUUUGUGAUAUACUGAAAUUGAGAACUAAUUAAAUGUAUUCACUUGCUUA